AAUCCUCUAGCAAUGAAUGGUUUCUGCAUAACGAUGAUUCUGUGUUGUCUGUUAAUUUUGUUUAUAACAGACUGUGCGUCUAGAAAGUCAGGGCAUAAAAAAAACAACUCUGGCAAAAGACGUCAAGGCAAAAAGCAUCAGCAGAUCUGUGACUACAAAGAGGAUAUACAUCAACAAAAUGUUUUGCAGUUCAUUGUUGGAAAGAAAAUGGACUUGAAAAAAUAUCCUGCAGUGUACUUGGUGCCCAAACUGAAAGACAUACAGGAAAAGAGAAGAAAGAAAGGGAGGGAACCAGUGGAGGGCUGUCCUAAUUUGGAUAUUACACAUCCCAUUAAAAGUGAACUUCUGCAUGAGAGAUCCAUCUCACCUUGGACACUCAGGAUUGACUAUGAUGAGGACAGAUUCCCUCAGGAACUAGCCUUCGCCGAGUGUUCGUGUAAGGGCUGCAUUAGUUCCAAGACAGGCAAAGAAGACUUUAAUUUAACCUCAGUGCUUGUCUACCAAAAAAUGAUGGUCCUGCGGAGAAAGCCGUGCCCAGAUAAUUCCAAAACCUACAUUUUUGAAUUAAAUUACGAGGAUGUGCCUGUGGCUUGUACUUGUGCGGUACCGAAGUGAAGAACUAGGAACUCCUAUGGAGUAUUGUUGAUUCUGCUGAGAUCAACCCAAAAUUUGCUAUGACCAUGUCA